CCGAGCAGGCGGCGAGGAGGCUGGACCAGCCGGGAAGGAGCGGGAGCGGGAGCGGGGUCCGUGCCACAGGCAGCAGCAGCAGCCCCCGGGGCCCCCCGCAGCGCCAGCAGCGGCGCCCGCACCGGCCCCCUGCGCACCCGAGUGAAGAAGCCCCUUUGGCCGCGGCGGCAGCACGUGGGGCGGCUCGGGCCGGGGUUCCAGGGCUUGCCGACAAGUGGGGGUGUCGUCACACCCCGCUCUGCUCCACCUCUUCCCCAGUCAGUAGCCUUAGGGCUUCCACCAUGGACCUCUCCCAGUUCUGUGCUUUCUGCUUGAUGCUGAUGCUGGCCAACACAGGUGCUUCAGACCCAGACCAGAGCUUGGAGAUCUACAAGAAGCUGUUUGCAGUGAAGCGCAAGGACCAGAUGAAGGCGCUGAAGAGCCUCGUCGAGCUGAAUGACGUCCACCAGCAGUACAAGAUCAUCGAGGUCAUGCUCAAGGGCCUCUUCAAGGUGCUGGAGGACUCCCGGGCUGUGCUGCUGGCGGCGGACGUCUUCCCCGACGGGCCCUUCCCAGAGGAUGAGAAGCUGAAGGACGCAUUCUCCCACGUGGUGGAGAACACCGCCUUCUUUGGCGACGUCGUGCUCCGCUUCCCCAAGAUUGUCCAUCACUACUUUGACCGAAAUUCCAACUGGAACCAUCUCAUCCGCUGGGGCAUCAGCUUCUGCAACCAAACAGGUGUCUUUGACCAGGGCACCUACUCCCAGCUUCUGGGCCUGAUGGCUCAGGAGCUGGGGGUUGGUGAGAGAUCCCCAGAUUACAGGAACCCCUUUACAACAGACCACUCAGAGUCCUUCCAGGAUACUGACCUCUUCCAGAAGGCCCUGAAGGAAGAGGAAAGGCGCCGGAGGAAAGAGGAGAAACGGAAGGAGAUCCGGAAGGGCCCCCGAAUCUCUCGCUCCCGGUCAGAGUUAUAGCCCUGGGCUUGCUCCCGGACUGGUGGGGCUAGGCUUCCAGAAGAGGAGGGGAUGGUGUGUGAAGGCCAGGCUCCACUGCAUUUGGAGACUGCCUCUUACCUCAGGUGGAUGGAGGACCUCCUGGCCUCUACCUGGGGACUCAGCCAUCCCACUGCUUCCCAAGGGUGCAGACAGCCGAGAAAAUGCAUCUCAUCCUGAAGUGAGGACCAGAGGUCCUGGUGGGAGUAAGCACUCUGCACCAGAAGGGCCCCGUGCUGCCCCUUUCAAGCCCAGGACCUUAAGAAGCCCAUUUUCUCCUUGGAGAAUGACUCGCUCUGCCAACCAAAGAAGUGGGUGGGGCAUCCUGGACCAAAGUGAUCCAGGCUGGGGCCUCAGCCUGGCAUCCCCUCGCCCAGAGAGGGCGCCUGCCGGGCCUCUGGGCACCACUGUGUCUUGCCAAAUGAACCACCAGCCCCUUUUGCAAAGAUAAUAAAAUAAGCAACCUCUUUAGAUACA